AUGCACGAGACGUACACCAUCUACGAGCAGAACGAGACAAUGACUUCCGCAAGCGUGACGGAAAUCGAUCACCAGCUCGGCUACGUGAACGGCUUCCUGACGCUGGUGCCCCCGAAGCGGGCCGUCUUCAACGAGAAUGGCGACAUUUCGGCACGGCCUGCGGAAGUGGCGCUGGAUAUGGAGGCGCUGGACGCGAGAUAUGUUUAUGGAGGAAAAAUCCCGACGGUCUCCGAGGCGAUCGAGCGGCGAGAUUUUGGUCCGCUAGCUUAUCCAAGACCGGAAACGGGCCAGACGGCGUUGAUCAAGGCAGUGAUGGCCAUCCCACAGACCCUCGAGACAGCCGCCACCGUCAUCUACACGUACUGUGUGACAAUGCUCGCGUAUUUGAUGAGUUUUGUGUGGAAA